CUUGACAAUUUCACAGCAAACCCUAGAUUUUAGAAAGAGAUAGAGAGAGAAAGAUGGGUAGAGGGAAGAUCGAGAUAAAGAGGAUAGAGAACGCAAACAACAGAGUGGUGACGUUCUCGAAGAGGAGGAAUGGGUUGGUGAAGAAGGCUAAAGAGAUCACAGUUCUUUGUGAUGCAAAAGUUGCUCUCAUAAUCUUUGCAAGUAAUGGUAAGAUGGUCGAUUAUUGUUGUCCUUCCAUGGAUCUUGGUGCUAUGUUGGACCAAUACCAGAAGUUAUCUGGCAAGAAACUAUGGGAUGCUAAGCAUGAGAACCUGAGCAAUGAGAUUGAUAGGAUCAAGAAAGAAAAUGAUAGCUUACAACUGGAGCUCAGGCACUUGAAGGGGGAAGAUAUACAGUCUCUCAACUUGAAGAACCUGAUGGCUGUCGAGCACGCCAUUGAGCACGGCCUCGACAAAGUCCGAGACCACCAGAUAGAGUUGCUCAACUCAAAGAGGAGAAAUGACAAGAUGAUUAUGGAGGAGCAUCGGCAACUCACUUUCCAGCUGCAACAACAGGAGAUGGCUAUAGCAAGCAACGCAAGAGGACUGAUGAUGAGAGAUCAUGAUGGGCAAUUUGGAUAUAGAGUGCAGCCGAUUCAGCCAAAUCUUCAGGAAAAGAUUAUGUCUUUGGUCAUCGAUUGAUCAUCGAGAUUUAUAAUCUCAUCAUCCUCAACUCCUAUCUAUAUCGUGGUAUUUAGUUUGUCUUAUGAAUCUGCAUGUCCUAAUCUCGAGCUAUAUAUAUACUCUCUAUCCGACUUUUACUUAAGCUAUAUGUGUGUUGUUUGCUUAUGACCUCUAUGUAUUGGUUGUGUACUUGUGUUGUGUUUAAACGUUUGGAACUAUUUGCAUGUGUGUGAAAUGAAACUAAUUAUUCCGA